GCUUACUUCAAAAAAAUUAUCACGCGUUUUGUAAAUAACGAAUUUAUUUGAUAAAUAUAUAAUUUACUGCUAGCUAUAUAUUUAACAAUGGGUUUACAGCCGCGAGGCGAGACGACCACAGCAUGGUGGUUAGCUGGUACGGUGAUGGUGAUUAUCACCGUCGCCACGGUGGUAGGAAACAGUGCCGUGAUGGUAGCUUUAUGGCGCGUGAGGCGAGCUCCUUCACAUUACCCGUUAAUAAGUUUGGUAACCGCUGAUUUGCUCGUCGGCCUCCUCGUCCAACCGCUGGCUGCUCUACGAGAGCUUUAUGUAUUUAAUCUGAAUCGUAUUAUCUGCUCAUGCUGGAGUAUAAUGGAUGUGCUCUGCUGUACUGCUUCAAUACUGUCCCUCUGCGUACUUGGUUGGGAGCGAUGGUCAGGUAUAACGAAUCCUCUAGCAAGAGCCAGAAGAGCGAAAAGAGCGAAGUUGGUCGCAGGUCUCGUCUGGCCCCUCGCUGCUGUGAUAGCAAUACCUAAUGCCCUUGUAAGAUCUCAUAAGCACUUCCAUCCAGGAGAGUUAGAAAAGGCCUGCGAGGUUAACACUAAUACUGGAUAUGUUUUCUUCAGUGUAACUCUAUCGUUUUAUUUGCCGGCGGUCGUGAUGCUGAUGAUGUACUGUUUUAUCUUACGCGCUCUGUCCGCCCCGCCACCCGUGCGUGCACAUCGCGGCCGUCCUUCAAAUAACAGCCGAGGAAAAGCUACAAGCUCAGAGAGCACCACUCAACCAGGAUCCAGUGCUGACAAUAAUCAAAACACUGUUAAUUUAUCUCCCAGAGGCUGUCAUUUAAAUCAGCCAUCAAAAAUCAUUCAAUGCACCGGUCCAGCUACAGGGAAAUGCAGUGUCCAUGCUAGUUUCAUCAGUCGCCAGCGUCGCGCUACACGCAUCAUCGUGAUGUUGAUGACGCUGUUCUUCGUCUGCUGGACGCCUUAUUUCGUGAUGCUGCCAUUAGAUUCCCUCUACGACUGUGUGUACGACAGCGGCUGGUUGUGGUGUACCUGGCUGGGAUACAUCAAUUCCUCCCUGAACCCUCUAGUGUACGCGGUAUCGUCUCCUAGCGUGAGGAGUGCGCUGCGCUCGUCACUUACAAGCAGUGGAAGGAACGACAUGGGUUUAACAAGGCGGAAUUAAUGUGUGUUAUAUACAUAACUAUACCCCGGACUUUGCUUGCGUUUUGAAUAUUUACUCACAAUCAGAUUUAUGCCAUGAAAUUUAGCUAUCGUUAAUUACAUUAUUAUAAUUUAGAAUAUCAGUUAACUCGUUAUGUCUUAUUAUAAUGCUGGGUU